UUAUUUUCCAAAGUUCCGUAAUACUUUCGAUACCAAGUUUCGUGACAUGACAAGCUGAAUGGAAUAUAAAAGACCUAAGCGCGUGCAUUACUGACAAAACCUGAUUUUGCAUGGACGGUUUCACCAUGGUAGUUAGUGCCGUGAUAGAGUUGCUCGGACAAAUGGCAUUUUCUUUCACAAGGAGCGUCAUGGAACAUUACAACCCUGAAGAACCCGAAUUCACUGCUGAAUCGUUUGGAUUUGAUUAUUUAGAAGACUCACGUCGACAGUGGUAUUCUUAUCCAGUCGAUGAAUUUAUUUAUCAGGAGUACGACGACAGAAAAGGCAUAAACACAAGCUAUCUGGCAGCUAGGAGUAUCAAUGUAACGGUUGUAAACGCUUUUUGUACCAAGGAAGAGGAAACACCCAAAUCGAUUGGCAAUCAGCAAGAAGACAGGGCUAUGGCGUGGAAGCGAUUAAGACCAUCUUUCCUUCACACCAUAUCCAAGUCGCUGUACAUUGGAGCUCUCAUUUCGCUCCUCGCUGCCACCAUCUUAGGUGCAGAAUAUCUGCUCCUUUCAUAUGUUUCUUAUAAAACAUUCGCACAUUGUAAAUACUUCCCAAAGAAAUUAAUUCCACACAGUGUACAAUGGACCAUAACAGAAUGUGACGUCAUCGCCUGUGGCAUCUUUUAUGUCUGUAGCUUUUGUCAUACGAUAUUACUUUUCCUGCAACACCAGAUACAAGGAUUGAAAACCAACUUGGUCCUGAUAUGUUGUCUUUUUUACUGUUUUGACGCACUUUAUCGCGUUAUUUUACAAGUCAUAGGAAGACCUUUCUUCUUGGAGUCCUCUGUAUAUAAAGUUCCUAUGUACGUGUUGUAUACAGCCAGUUAUUGCCUCCAGUUGUGUUAUCUUGCGAGGAAAUUUGGCAUGCGUUCAAGACCAAGAGAAGCCAGUUUGAUAUGUAAGCUGGUCACACCAUUAAUUUUCGCGUUUACUGUCGCCUCAGCUGCUGUAUAUUUUAUUUACCCCGCUUAUAAAUGGCAACAUAAAAGUGGUCAUGGUAGGUUGUUAAUCGCCAUAUUCUCCCCUCUCAUUGGUGUGACUGCUAAAGUCAUUUCACGUAUAUGUGUUCAGCGGUUAUGGAACAUUACACAUCCGGGAUAUUCAUAUAUCUUGCUUGCGCCGUUGUACUUUAGUACAGCGGUUAUUUUUCGAGUCUUACAAGCGGAACUGGGCAGUUUGCUGUAUAUUGCUGCUCUGGGAAUUAUCCAUGGCAUAACAGAAGUCGUGGAACGAAGUGUAAUGGUAGCAGUUGAUCAUUGUUGUCACCAAUUGUGGAGAAGAGAGUCAGCUUCUUGGGGAAGUUUUCGUACUCCUCGUCGCGAAAGACUAAUGGCCGACAUCGCCAUCAUGAGCAUGAUGUUUGAAUCAACUGCUAUAGUUUCUGUCAACGGCUUUUUAUUCUUUUAUCAAUAUUUUUACCUAGAAAACGAUUCCCUUUUAACCUUGCUCCGAUCUUUUUCCAUUACUGUGUUAGUUCAGAUGGUGAUUGAAUGGUUCUUCACGAGUGCAUCUCUGGCGAUCGAAACUCGUUAUCAGAAUUUGCCAGUAAUGGCUGUAUGGCAAAGGCGGUGGAAGCGAUUCGUUUUGGUAGCAUCUGUGACUACGAUACCAAUAGCUAUGUGGACGAGCGGAAACUUAUUGAUGGUUAUAGAUGAGAAUUUUGAAGCCCCUUCAAUCGCGAAUCGGUCUUGCAAAAUGCCUUUCACUUGACAAAACAGCAACCAUAAUUAGACUU